UGUGAGAAGUAAUAGUUAAAAGACAUUUGUAAUUUUAUCAUUACAUUAAAAAAAAUUAGAAAACACUUUUUAUACAGUAGAAAUUUGAGGUGGAAUUCGAACCAACAUGCUUCUAGUCGAACAUAAAUAUUUUAACCAUAGCUCAAUUGAGGCAGUUUUGUAAUUUAAUAUAAACACCAUCUCCUAAGAAAUUGACAGAGAAUCAUUGGACAAAGCUAUUUUAAAAUGAAAAUGAAAGUGAUAUGACAAUUUUUAGAAAUUCGAUGGCUCUUGUUCGAAUUCCAAUUUCCAAGCUUCCUCUUCCGCCGUCGAACAGAACACCUUCAAAAUCCUUUUCGUUUGUUUUCAGUAUUUUUGCUUAAUCUCAAAACAAAUGUUUCCCUGAAUCCGCCGCCAUGGAUCUCCACCACCGCAAUCCACAACCUCCGAAUCCUCACUCUCUCAAAUUCCGAUCUUCUGCAAUCUCCAUUCUCAUUCUCCUCAUCGCAAUUUCCUUCUUCACUUUCACCAAAACAGAUCAUCACAAAACCCAAUCCCUAAAACUUCUCCAAAAAUUCAUCAAAUUCCUCAAUCCACCUCCAAAUUCCAUUCCAAUCCCACCUCCCACUCCAUGCGUCCUCUGGAUGGCUCCAUUUCUCUCCGGCGGUGGGUACAGUUCAGAAGCUUGGUCCUACAUUUUAGCCCUUCACCACCAUAUCAAAGCCCCACACGAGUUCCGGUUGGCGAUUGAGCAACAUGGCGAUCUAGAAUCCAUCGAUUUUUGGGAGGGAUUGCCAGAUUCUGUCAGGAGUUUGGCCAUUCAACUUCACGGAACAGAUUGUAGAAUGAAUGAAACUGUUGUGAUCUGCCACAGCGAGCCCGGUGCCUGGAAUCCUCCAUUGUUUGAAACCCUGCCUUGCCCACCAGGUGUUUACCAAAAGUUCAAGGCAGUGAUUGGCAGAACAAUGUUUGAAACAGAUAGGGUGAAUCCAGAACAUGUGAAUCGCUGUAAGUUAAUGGAUUAUAUUUGGGUUCCUUCUGAAUUUCAUGUCUCUACAUUCGUGAAAAGUGGGGUUGAUCCUUCCAAGAUUGUGAAAAUUGUUCAACCCAUUGAUGUGAACUUCUUUGAUCCUCUGAAAUAUAGGCCGUUUAGUCUUGCAUCUUUAGGAACUCUGGUUUUAGGUUCCAAAGACAUGGAAAUGGGCUUAGACAAUGGAUUUGUGUUUCUGAGUAUCUUCAAGUGGGAGUUUAGGAAAGGCUGGGAUCUGUUGUUGGAAGCUUAUUUGAAAGAAUUCUCUAAGAAGGAUCAAGUGGGGUUGUUCUUGUUGACAAAUCCUUACCAUAGCGAUAGAGAUUUUGGGAACAAGAUUUUGGAUUUUGUAGAGAACUCAGACAUCCAAAAGCCAGCUUCUGGUUGGGCUCCUGUUUAUGUAAUUGAUACUCAUAUAGCUCAAACUGAUUUGCCUAGAAUUUACAAGGCUGCAGAUGCGUUUGUUCUGCCAUCGAGAGGCGAAGGGUGGGGGAGGCCGCUCGUUGAAGCGAUGGCCAUGUCGUUGCCAGUGAUUGCGACCAACUGGUCGGGGCAAACGGAGUUUUUGACGGACGAGAAUAGCUAUCCACUGGCAGUUGAGAGAAUGAGUGAGGUAAAGGAAGGUCCAUUCAAAGGGCAUCUGUGGGCCGAACCAUCCAUAGGGAAGCUUCAAGAUUUGAUGAGGGAAGUAACGACGAAUGUUGACGAAGCCAAGGCCAAAGGACGAUGGGCGAGGGACGACAUGGUCAGGCAAUUCUCUCCCGACAUCGUAGCAGAUAUUGUUUAUCAUCAUAUACAAAAUGUAUUUCAUGACAAGAGAUGAAAUGUCACAUGUUUAUAACCAAGAUUCCAUUCUCCUA